AGUAGAGUCUGAAGGAGUGAAGGAGAUGGGGGCAGGGGAUGAGGACAGCGGGGGAGUAGAGUCUGAAGGAGUGAAGGAGAUGGAGGCAGGGGAUGAGGGGAGAGGGGCAGUAGAGUCUGAAGGAGUGAAGGAGAUGGAGGCAGGGGAUGAUACUCUACUAGACUCUGCUCCACUCCAGAUCACCUGCCUAGAGAAGCAGGUGGUUAUGCUGCAGGCUGAACUGCAGUCUCUCUCUGAGGAGAACCAGAGGCAGGCUGAGGAGCUGACAGUGUGGAGGCUGACGGCCCAGCCCCUCUGUCUAGACCCAGAGGACCUCACCGCUGCUACCCUCAGCCCUGGACACAACACUGCUCCCCUCAGCCCUGGACACAACACUGCUCCCCUCAGUCCUGAACACAACACUGCUCCCCUCAGCCCUGGACACAACACUGCUCCCCUCAGCCCUGGACACAACACUGCUACCCUCAGCCCUGGCCAACACAGCAGUGUGACGGUGAUCAGAGAGGAUGAGCUGCUUCUCUCCUGUACCUCCAGUAGACUGUAUGGGAGGACCCUGGCCUCAAGACUACAUCACUGCAAUUUUCCUGAGGCAAAGAGUCUCCAAAACACAUCCAGAAAGAACAAAUCUACACAUCCCCAAGAGACAGAAAAACAGACCAAUGAACAUGGGGAAGAUGGUGAAGAAGCAGACAUCACCAAAGAUGUUUACCAAAUCUCAGAGCUCCAGACCAAGGCAACAGAGCACACUAACCAAGAUGAUUCAGAAAACAAGACCAAUCCAAACACUCCCAGAGCAACAGAUGAGACCCAGGCCAAAGAAAUAGUCUCAAGGCACAAUCUAGACGUCAUAGAACUAGAUAACAAAGAGUUCCCCACUCUAUCUCUCGCUGAGGCUCAAUCCACUGAAGCGCAGUCCUCUGAAAUCAAUCAUCCCAGUCACCAUCAAGAGGAACCAAUCUCCACUAGUGUUGAGAAUAAAAAUCACUCCUCGGUCCGUAGAAAAGUCACCACUACAUCAGAGUGGCGAACUGAGAGAACGAUAGUGGAGACCAAGGUUCUGAGUUCAAAGGUCAUACCAGCAGGAUGGACAGGUCAAGAGAGAUUGAGCUCUGUAGAGGUGAGUAGUACCAGCUCUCAGACAGAGGAGGGGAGAGAAACAGGCGCCCUACCAGAAACACACCACGUAUACACACAGACGGAGAAGGAGGAAGAGGAGGAGAAUGAUGAAGAACCCACAGAAUCACCCCCUGUGUCACCAGUCCAGAUGUCUGAGGGGGACAGGAUGUUGUUUUCUGGGUCCUUCCCGAUCCCUGCCGACCCAGCCCGCCUGGCGGAGCGGAUCCGUCGUAACCGGACUCAGAUGUCUGCAGCGUACGAUGAUACGGAAUACGAACCCUACGGCCUGCCUGAGGUGGUCAUGAAAGGUUUUGCUGACAUUCCCAGUGGUCUAGGCUGUCCGUACAUUGUGAGGAGGGGGCUCCUGGGUACUGCUGCUAUGCCCCGUCCCCAGAGAGAUCCCGGCCAGAUGGGGGGGGGGCAGGAGGACCCUGAUUAACCCCCAACAGGGGAAGCGUUUAGCCCCUUAGAACCUAAUAUCUGCACCAGUCACACAAAUAACAGCUGCAUCAUCACACAGUUUACGUUCAGCACGUAUUUCACAAUUAUCACAAGGUUUGUGUAGUCGUAAUGUAAACUACUAUGUGAUCGUGAUAGAUUAUACAAAGUCUGUAGUUGCAUAAUGUUGUCUUUAGAAAGGACGUUUCAUGUGGAGAUGACAUUAACUAGUUCCACAUGACUGACUUAAUCGUCUUGUCCUCCUUGGGAGAGUAGGGCGUCCCCCAUGGCAAUCCACCUCUCUCUCACCUGUGUGGGUUCACAAGUUCCACAUAUGGUUGAGUGUAUUUGUUUAUGCCGUGUGUCAGCGUGUUUGUACAGAUCCACUGGAAGACUGUCAGAGGAGAAAGAGUUAAUUUCACUGGACCUGCUGUGUACUGACCCAAAUAAAACCUGUUUCAUCUCUAUGUACUGAAACACCUGAAGAGGGACGACAACUGUCCCCUGCUGACGUUUAAGACAAGACCUUUCAUUGAGUUUUACAGUGGCUCAUUGGUUUCUAUGCACCUACUACAGUACUGUUCUUUACAAAUCUACUGGCUCACAUUUCCUUGUUGUGGUUCAAAUGAGAAAUGGUGCCUUGUUUUUAUUUAAUUUUUAUAAGCUACUUUAGGCCAUGGUCCAUUGCCUGUUGUGAAAACUUGAAUUUUCAUUUGAAUAGUCUUAUUUAUAGACUGUUGAAUGUAGUGUUUGUGUUCAUAUCGGCUUUUAUAAGCAGUGGGUGUACAUUUGAGGGAGCGUGUGUCGGUUUGUACAAAACUGUACACGGAGGAGUACGUACUGUGUAGGAUGAUGUCUGGUCGUUAUGUUUUCUCAAUAUUAGCCUGUGCCUGUGUAUGACUCAACCUAACCUGAGCGUGUUUCCUCUCCUUGUAUGGUGAUCCACUGGGAGCGCUCUUUCUCUUCCCUUCCCUCUUCCCCUCUUUCUGUUUUUUCCCUAUUCAUUUCUCUCUUUCUUUACACUCAAACCUUUUUAAAAAUGGCACCCUCACGCUGUUCUCUUGAAUUUACAGAAGUGCCAAACACACGAGUGAGGUAGUUUUUCUUAUUUUUAGAUACACUAUUUAAAUUGUGCAGGUUUAGUCUGCUUUUUUGGACUUUUUUAGUUUUUCCUAGAUUUAAUAUAUUACAUUUUUGGGGGGGGAUAGAUUUUUUGUGCACGUUAGUGAUUGUGCCUUAGGUUUCUAGAUUUUCAGUUGCAUCAAUAAACUGCCCUGGUUUGAAACAAUGUUCACUUAAGAGAUUGUUUAUCAAAACUAAUUUAUAGCAUCUUAAAUGUAAUCUUGGUACUGCCACCCUCAUUGGUGUGCUUUGAGGAAGUGUGUGCGCUUGUAUACAAAACAUUAAGAACUCUCUCCAUGACACAGACUGACCAGGUGACUACAGGUGAAACUAUGAUCCAUUAUUGAUGUCUCUUGUUAUAUCCACUUCAAUCAGUGUAGAUGAAGGGGAGGAGACAGGUUGAAGAAGGAUUUUUAAGCCUUGAGAAAAUUGAAACAUUGAUCCCGUGUGGCCCAGUUGGUAGAGCAUGGCACUUGCAACGCUAGGUUUGUGGGUUCUAUCCCCACGGGGUCCAGUACAAACGAAAUAUGAAAAUGUAUGCACUCACCACUAUAUGUCGCUCUGGAUAAAAGCAUCUGCUAAAUGACUCAAAUGUAAAUGUGUAUGUGUGGCAUUCAGAGGGUGAAUGGGCAAGAUAACAUAUUUAAGUGCCUUUAAACGGGGUAUGGUAGUAGGUGCCAGGUGCUUGUGUCAAGAACUGCAACACUGCUGGGUUUUUUACGUGUGUAUCAAGAAUGGUCCACCACCCAAAGGACAUCCAGACAACUUGACACAACUGUAGGAAGCGUUGGAGUCAACAUGGGCCAGCAUCCCUGCCCCAACGAAGUGAGGCUGUUCUGAGGUCAAAGGGGAGUGCAACUCAAUAUUAGGAAGGUGUUCUUAAUGUUUUGUACACUGUGUUUUGUGAACGAAACCUUCCUCCAUUCCAAAUCCACUCUGACCUUCUUUCAGAGCGGAGGUUUAUUACAGCGUUACUGCAUGGUACUAAGAUGAAUGUGAGUUGUUAUUGGUUUUGUUGUGGUCUAAAAAUCUCUCAAUACGCCUUUUUGUUUUUAACACACAACUAAAUAAGUUAAUAGCCAUUGGAUCUGAUAGAAAUGAUAGGUUAAUACAUUGUGGAGUGAUCUUAACUUGAUGUGCGUAGUUAGCUACACGUGCUUUCUGUCACUACCGACAUGAUACAUGUAGCCACUAGCAACAACCAUGUCUUCUCAAGAUUCUAGAAGCCUGGCCUGUGUUCUAGAACACGUAUGGGCUGUUACAGUACCAUUCAUUAGCCUUCUGAACACACCCCUAGCUGAGUUAUCUGUGGGAUCUCUGGGUGGUGGGACGAGUCCAAGCAGAACACACUGGAUUCUUUCCCCUGUAUGUGACACUUUUAUGUGAAUGUAUCGCUGUUGAUGCUUUGUGUCGCUGUUGAAGAAGAUAGAUUAAAAAGGUUGAUCUAAA